AUGCUGAAGGAACAGAAAUCGAAUAUGUCGACGCUUGUACAUUCCGCGAAUGACUUUCUAUUUUUAUUUUCAUUCCAUUCAUACUUUAUUUCUACAUCUACUAUAAAACCAAUUACAUUUUUGUCUUGUUCAUUUUCCCAUUUUUAUUGUUCCCAACGCUUCAUAAUUUCUUUAUUCUUUCUCUUCACAAUUCCUUCCUUCCUUUUUUCCUUCCUUCCUUCCUUCCUUCCUUCCUUCCUUCCUUCCUUCCUUCCUUCCUUCCUUUCCGUUUUCUUUCUUUACUUUUCUUUCUUUGUUGUCACUUUUCUUCGUUCUUAUUCGUUGAAAAAUAUCUUUUAUUCAAUUAUUUCUUACCAAUUUCUUUCGUCAUUCGUCCUAGAUUCUUUCUUUCUUUCUUUUUUGAAUUUUCCUUCCUUUCUUAGUUGUUUUACGCUUUUAAAAACUUUCUUUAUUUUUCCCUGA